AUGGCUUCAGAUGCAGGCAGCCCCAAACGGGAGCUCACUCCGACAGCCUCCCUCUCGUCCAUCCCCCAGAAGCGCGCAUUUGACGAAGGCCACAGCCCUGCCGUGCCAUCACCCCUCAACCCAGACGUCCGGCCCUCGUCUGAAGCGCAGCAUGCUGAUGAUGCCUCCCAGCUGGGGCGCUCCAAGCCCGUCAGGACAAAGAAGGAGACUUUGAAGAAGCGCGAGGCCAAGGGCGGUGAUAGCAAUCCCGCCACCCCGGAUCCCAAAGCUGGACGCGAGCCCGAGCCGAGCGAGAAUCGUCCGUUGCGGUAUAAAUUGGCGCCGCCAAAGCUAUCAGACUUUGAUCCCCCCCGCGGGCCUGUCAUGACGCUGCAUCACCGGGUGGACGGGCCAGAUGGACAGGCAAUUGAGUUUAUGGAAACAUCUGACCACGUCUUCAACAAGAAAAACUUUCGCUACACUCCCUGUAUUGCCGAUCCCCUCUUCCCCUCAAUAUUGUACUACCGACAGACCGAACCGGAACCGUUUGGGCCGAGGAUGAGCUUCGAGGAUGCCGCUACGCACGUCUUCUUCGACCGAUCCGGCCGGCAAGUCACCACCGACAAAGGCUUCCGAAUGGCGCGGGCCAACGUAGCCGUCCGCGAGGGGAGAUGGUACUGGGAGUGCAAGAUUACACAGGGCAUCCAGCCGCCAAAGGAUGGCGACACAAAGCCAGUUGGCGGAAAGCAUGUGCGCAUGGGCUGGGCCAGGCGAGAGGCCUCGCUUGAUGCCCCCGUGGGCUUCGAUGCGUACAGCUACGGCAUCCGAGACGUCGCCGGCGAAAAGGUCUUCAUGUCCAGACCCAAGGAGUUCUUUCCACCCGGCGAAGGCAUAAGGGAAGGCGACGUCAUUGGCCUCGAAAUACAGCUCCCCUCGGAGUAUUUGCACAGGAAGAUCAUGGCCGGCCACUACAAUCCCGCCGUGGAUGCCGCCGACGAACCAGCGCCGCCGACCGCAGAGGCGGCCAACAUUGUGCGAGACCGAGUGCCGAUCCGCUUUAAGGCGCACACGUACUUUGAGAAGAUCGAGUACCACACCACGAAAGAGCUGGAAGACCUCAUGAACCCUUCGCCGGCAGCAGCAGCAAGCUCGUCGGCCGACGCGCCCAGUCCUACACACCCCACGCCUGCGCUGCGCACUCUCCCCAACUCCCACAUCAAAAUCUACAAAAACGGCGUGCUCAUGGGGACGCCCUUUGAGAACCUCUUGGGCUUUCUGCCCCCCGCCUCCAAGCCCAUGCCCCAGGUCGGCGCCCGGGAAGGCCUCGACGACGGCAUGCUGGGCUACUAUCCUGCCGUCAGCGUCUUCAGGGGCGGCGCCGUCGAGGUGAAUUUCGGGCCGGACUUUUGGUAUCCGCCGGCGGACUACGACUCUACGAAUGGCGAGGUGGACAUGAUCCAACCUGACGGCGUCGGCGCAAACGCCCUCCACGCGGUGGUCGAGCGCUACCAGGAGCAGAUUGCAGAGGACAUUGUGUACGACAUCAUUGACGAGGUGGACUUUUGGAUGCAGGAUGGUGGCGGCGCAACGAACCAGGCGGGCGUCGACGAGAAAAGCAAGGAGGUUGUCAUGGCGCCUGGGAGAGAGGAGAUUAAGGAGUUGGUGCAGGACGAUUGA